ACCGUGUCCUCUUCAAAGUAGAUAGAAAUGUUUCUCUCGUACAUAACUCGUAGGUAGUUCUUGUGGUAAGUAAGUACCACACGGUCGACAUCACAACGACAAUCUAUUCCUUAUCAUCUGCGCGCUUCGAAAUCUUCUCAAGAAUCCGAUUUAAGGAUAAUUCGUUCCUCGUAUCGAUCUCGUCGUGUAAUAAUAUAAAAAAAAAAUAAACAUGACGUUAUUACCACCAACGGUGGAACAACAAAGACGAAUCAAUGAGGAAAUUCCUCCGGAUCCAGAAAUGAGGAAGAGAGAUAUCAUCGCGAUUCGAGAAUGGCUUUCGAAACAAUUGCAUUUGCCAAAUCAUAUGGACGAUAACAGGUUAGAAAAUUUUCUUUUUGGUUGCAAAAAUAGUGUCGAACGUUGCAAACUCAUUCUCGAAAGAUAUUUUAGCGUUCGCACAGCUUUGCCAGAAUUUUUUGCCACUCGCGAUCCACUUUCACAGGAAGUACAAGAUUGUUGCGACGCCAUACAAUAUUUUGUAUUACCGUCUCUAACUGUAGAAGGUUAUCGAGUUACAAUCUUGAGAUUAAACGAUACAGAUAUAGACAAAUUCUCAGUUCAAGCGAUAUCGAGAAGAAUUUUAAUGGUACAGGAUAUUCGUUUAAUAGAAGAACCUUCUUUAUCCAAUGUCAUGGUCAUAGAUCUCGAGGGAUUUACCGCAGUACAUCUUGCUAAAUGCAGUCCAACGCAAACAAUAGUAAGGCGAGCAAUGUUGGCGAUACAAGAUAGUAUGCCUAUGAGACUUUACAGGGUUCAUUUUUUACACGCACCAAAUUUUAUCACCAAUAUUCUUAAUCUAUUUUAUCCAUUGCUCAAAGAAAAAUUAGUGGACAAGUUUCGCGUACACACGGGAGGUGGAGAAGAAUUAUAUUCGUACAUGGAUCAAGAAAUAUUACCAAACGAAUGGGGAGGCAAAGCUGGCACCUUUGCGGAAUUAAAUGAUGCGUGGAGGAAGAAAAUCGAGAGAAACAGAGAUUGGUACUUGAGAGAGGAGAAACUCAGUCGUACGAAUGAGAGCGUUCGUUUGCCAGGAACGAAACCUUCCGGUCUUUUCUUGGAACUCGAUGGCGUUCAAGGUUCUUUCAGAAAACUAAAUAUUGAUUAAAAUAUUCAACCAAGUUGGAUUCAACGAUGAGAUGAGAAGAAUAUCCAUGACAAUAAAACAUGAUAAUAUAUGUACAUGUAUGUGUGUGUGUGUGUGUGUGCGUGCAUACGUAAACAAAUAAUAUUAGCGUUAUUGUAAAUUACGAGUACAUAUUUUCAACCGUGAUCUCGGUAUUUAUACAAAUAUUAUAUAAACAAUAUAUAUAUAUAUAUAUAUACGUAUAUAAAAUGUCUAUAAAUUUUGUAAUUAUUUCUAAAGAUCAUCGAAUGUUAUUCUACGAUAUAUUCCUUCGUUAAUUUUCUUUUCAACUCUUAUUAACAAAUUUUAUAAUUAUAACCUA